AUGCUUGGGGGACGGGAAUACUAUCCAGACAAGACGCUGCCGUAUCUCUUGCCAUGCGAUGAACAAGAGGGUGAAAGGCUUCUGCUUCAGCAUUAUGUGAUCCGGUAUGCAUUCGGUUCCAAUAUCAUCCCUCCAAUCGACGUCAACAUUGCUGGCAAAGUUCUCGACUGUGGAUGUGGGCCUGGCACUUGGGUCAUGGAAAUGGCCACAGAGUACGAAGAUUUGGAUUUUUACGGUUUUGACAUUUCGCCAAUGUACCCAUCUGCUAUCCAUCCGAAAAACGCACACUUCUCGAUGGGCAAUAUCCUGGAUCCCGAAAUACCGUUCGUCUCUGAAUCGUUCGCGCUCGUCCAUCAACGCAACAUGUUGCUCGGUCUCACGCACGAUGCCUGGCCGGGAGUCGUCCAAGAUCUAUACCGAUGUGUGAUCUCGGGUGGACAGGGCUGGCUCCAGCUGUCGGAGGUCGAUCCUAUCUGGUCAAGACCCGGACCGAUCUCUCGAUCGUUCCUGAAAAUGCUGUACGAAACUGCGCAGAAUCGCCACGUGGAUGUGUUGUUGCCUCAGCGGCUGGAUCAAGUGCUCAAGGACGUUGGGUGUGAGAACGUGAAGAUGAUGAUGGUCGAAAUCCCGAUCGGGCCCUGGGGUGGGAAGAUUGGGUUGCUCUGGCGGGACGUGCUGAAGGCGGAGAUGGAGGCGUUGAAACCGGUGGUGUUGCAGGCGGAGCUGGAGAAUGCAGUGGCACGGGGGCAGGAUAUCGCGGUGUGUGGGGCAGAGAUGACGACGAGCGAGGAGUGGGACGAGAUGAUGGCGCAGGUGUGGGCGGAGAUGGAUCAGUACCAUACGUUCUCGAGGGUGUAUCUGGCGUAUGGACAGAAGCCGUAG